AUGGAAGAAAUAAAUCACACUACAGUGGCUGAGUUCAUUCUCGCUGGGUUAACAGAAAAUCCUGAGCUCCAGCUGCCCCUGUUCCUCAUCUUCCUGGCUCUCUAUGUGGUUACAGUUGUUGGAAACCUGGGCAUGAUCGUCUUGAUUCUGUUUAGUUCCCAACUCCACACACCCAUGUAUUAUUUACUCAGCAGCCUGUCCUUUAUUGACUGCUGCCAGUCCACUGUCAUCACUCCCAAAAUGCUGGUGAACUUUGUGACAGAGAGGAAUGUCAUCAGUUAUUCAGAAUGCAUUUCUCAGUUCUACUUCUUUUGUGUUUUUGCUGUCUCAGAAUGUCACAUGUUGUCUGUAAUGGCAUAUGAUCGCUAUAUAGCUAUAGCAAACCCUUUACUUUAUAAUGUAGCCAUGUCCUAUCAAGUUUGUUCAUUGAUGAUAGCUGGGGUGUAUGGUAUUGGCUUACUGAGUGCCACUGCCCACACUGUCUUCCUUAUAAGAGUGCUUUUCUGUAAGGCUGACUUAAUAAAGCAUUACUUCUGUGAUCUUUUCCCAUUACUGCAGAUCUCUUGCUCUAAUACUUUUAUCAAUGAAUUAGUAGCAUUGUCCCUCAGUGCGUUUAACAUUGUUGUGCCAGCUAUGAUUAUCCUUAGCUCUUAUAUCUUCAUCCUUGUCAGCAUCCUACGCAUUCAAUCCACUGGGGGCAGAGCCAAAGCCUUCAGCACCUGCAGCUCCCACAUCUUGGCUGUUGCUAUUUUCUAUGGUUCUACAGCAUUCAUGUAUCUACAACCAUCUUCUGUAAGUUCCAUUGAUCAAGGAAAAGUGUCCUCUGUAUUUUAUACCACUGUUGUGCCUGUGUUGAAUCCACUGAUCUACAGCCUGAGAAACAAAGAUGUUAAAGCUGCCUUUAAAAAGUUACUACAAAAGAUAAGUUUCUUCAAAACAAAGAAUACAUUUCUGUGGAAAUAG